UAUAACGAGAAACCUCGACGCGUUCGCAAUGCUACCCUCUUGGCUAACCAAUGAGUAUCUGCAGCCCAGGCUGAGGGCUUACCUCAAGGACGAUCAGGUCAAGGUCGUCAAGAUAUCUGCCAAGCCGGCGACUGGAAAAGGUGAUAACUUCGUGGGCGUUAUGGCUCGAAUCUACGUGGACUAUCAGCUGGGCGAUGGAUCCGUUCAGAGCAAAACCUACAUCGUCAAGGAGACCUGUCCCGCGGACGCUCCCCAGGCGAAGUUAUUCGCGGAAUACGACGUGUACACCCGUGAGAUGGACAUGUACGAGUUCAUCCUGCCGAAGAUGAAUCAAUUGCUCCAAGAAGUUGGCCUGACCGAAAAGUUAACUGCAGAUGCCAUCAGCGUGGAUCGGAAAAGCGGUACCAUAAUUCUGGAGGAUCUGGCACCCUACAAGUACGUAAAUGCGGAUCGAGUGAAGCAAUUGGACUUGGCUCAUGCCCAGCGGACUUUGGAGUUGCUGGCGAAGUUCCAUGCGGCAUCCAUAAUCCUAAAAGAACGCCAUCCGGAGCUCCUGUCCAAGAGUCUUUACACUCACUGGUAUUCACGUGAGAAGAAAGGCUAUACGGAGGUUUGGCUGGGCUUCUUUAGGGUUUUCCUAACCUUCAUAAAUGGCCAACCAAACUUAAAGAAAUUGUAUGGCGACAAAUUGAAGAAGUUGCACCCUCAAAUUAUGGAGUACGCAGCUCGGAGCUACGAUGUGGCCGAUACAGAACUGCAGGCGUUAAUCCAUGCCGAUGUGUGGACCACCAACAUUAUGUUCCAGUACGAUGAUGCGGGUAAUCCCCGGAUACCCGUAGCAAUCGAUUUUCAGUUCAGCAAUUUCAACUCACCUGCCGUCGAUUUGCACUACUUCUUUAACACUUCACUGCGGGAAGAAGUGCUGGAUAAGGAAUCGGAACUGGUUGAGUAUUAUUACAACACCUUAAAAGCCGACCUGGACAAGUUUUCGUAUAAGGGUUCAUUUCCAAGCCUAAAGGAGUUCAAGAUUCAAUUCGAACGUCGUCGUCCCAUGUGUCUUAUGGUGAACCUCCUAACACCACUUAUUGUCUACAACGGCAGUGAGUCCACGGACUUCAAAGGCCUGUAUGAUGAAAGUCCACAGGGACUUCGAUACCAGAAAUCCAUCUAUGACAAUGAAGUAGUGGUCAGAAUAACAACGAAAUUGUUAGCUCGUCUUGAUCAGGAGGGAAUCUUUGACCAGUGGGCUUAGAUUACAUAUAUUACUGAGCCUUGUAUCAUAUUAAGAUCACACAAAUGCCGUGUAUAUAUAUACACACAAAUGACCUUAAGCUUGUUAUUAAAUUUCACAACAUGUUAAAACUGCCUGAACGAAAAAUGAUUAUUUGGCAACUGCAAUCUUGAUGCCAGAUGUUACUUUCUCUUUUUAUUAAAUAAUUGUGCCUAACAUUUUAUAACAUUUGUUGUUAGUGUCCUGACCUUAAUUUUGAAUAAGUUAAAAAAUUAAUGUAUUAAAUAUUAUUACAGCUUUAAUAUAACAAGUUUCUUACUCUACCCUUAUAAAGAAAUAAAAAGUCUGAAAAAAAACUAAUAAACUACCUUGAAGCUCGUUA